AUGAACCCUAGUCCGCCCAAUACUCAGCCCGUACCGGGUGCUAUCCCUGGUACCUCAUUCCCUCCAUUGAAGGGACCCUUGGCUGCAGGUCGCCAAAUCACCCGCAACCGGGCAAGCUAUAGCUGCCACACCUGUCGGCGCCGGAAAGUCAAAUGUGAUAAGGCACAUCCGAUCUGUGGAAACUGCGUGAAGAACAACACCGAGUGCAUAUAUGAUGUUUCGUCGCAAAAAGAUGACGAUUCCCGCGAAGGAUCUUCCCAACCAGGACAGGGCAUCAAACGAAGGAGAGAGACACCACGAACAUUGGAAGAGGAUGUGGACGAACUCCAGUCAAUAUACGGUCACUUGAGGCGGGCGGAUUCAGCAACAGGCGAAAAGCCCGACUCAAGUGCGAUUGAAUCACGGCUGGACAAGUUGAUGUCAAUGAUCGAGAGGCUUGGUGGGAGAAACCAAGCCCUCGAGGCUGUGGGGUCUCAGGCAUCGGCCCCGGAUACCAAAGUGGACCCUCGGCAGUUAGAGGACUUGCGGCAAAACAAUCACAAUCUGAAUGGAAAUGGAGCUGCACAAAGAGCCGCCAGUCCACGUCGCGUUGCUGCAGAGUCAAGCGGCGAUGAGUUUCCGAUUCCAUCUGGUCAGGCAACCGAUCUAGUGGAUCCGGUUGGCAGUCUGAACCUCGGUCAUUUGAGUUUGGAGGACGGCGGGAGGUCACGGUAUGUUGGAACCACAUACUGGGCUUACAUUUCCGACGAGAUCAAUGAGCUCAACCAAUUACUCCGAGACCAAAAUCGCUCGCAUGAUCAGUCUGGUCUAGACAAUGACAUCGAAGAACCGAUCGACCCACUUUCCAACGGUCGGCAGUCUUGGAGAGAAUCAAUGGACAGCCCAACACCUUUAACCACGCCUAGAUCUCGUUCCUUUCAACAAUCAAUUAUCUUCCCCUCUGGUGAUUCUCCCUCUGUCAACGAGAGAGUGGUGGAGCCUGAAAUGCUUGAUCACAUCCCAACAAGACGCCAGAGCCAUAUCUUGUACAAGGGCUUCAUGUCUGGCGUACACGCCAUCAGUCCUGUUAUACACCCACCAACAAUCCUCAAGUUAUACAAUUCCUUCUGGGAUUGGUUUGACUAUAACAGUUACUCCGGCGAAGCUUUUCCCAACCCAUCAUUUAUACCACUGUUAUAUGCCAUCUGGUAUGGUGGAUCAGUGACAAUCUCGAUUCGAGCCAUCAAAGCCGAGUUUAACGCCUCGUCACGUUCUGCGCUCUCAACGAUGUAUAGCGAAGAAGUGACAAGGUGGUUGACAAAAAUCAAAUUUCCACGCAGCCCAACCCCUCAAGGUCUCGCUGCAUAUCUUAUUGUGCAAACAAUUGUGUCCAAAGAGGAAGAGCCUCUGACUAGCAGUCUUUUUGUCAGUCUAGCUAUGCGGGUUGCUCAAACUAUGGGUCUCCACCGAGACCCGGCCAAGUUUGGCAUAGAGCCCUGUGAAGCAGAGUACCGUCGCCGAUUGUGGUGGCAUAUUAUGCACAUGGACGGAGUGGUCGCUAUGUCAAGUGGCCUACCCCCGUUGAUCUCCGAUGAAAAUUAUUGGGAUGUGUGCGAGACCAGCGAAAUCAAAGACACGUUGCUGGGCAGUCCUGCGGCCGAGCAGUACGAAAAGCAAAUCGCGUCCCGUAGCCGAUUGCCCGAUAAUCCAGAUGACCCGAAUCUUUGCGGCGGGCCGUCGAUGGUGAACGUCUACUAUCUGACUGCAAGGGGGAAAUAUACUAUGGCCCGUGCUGUUCGCCGAAUCCUAAAAAUCCAACUCGGAACGAAACCUCUCACUCGACAAGACAUGGAGGAACUUCGGUCUAUACUCCUUGAGUUGCAAUUAAAACUCAACUCCAUAAUAAGCAGAAUACCGGAGAGCGCAGAUGUUUCUAAUCCAUCUCCGGCAUCAGGCAGAGCUUUGUCCAUGUCGAAAUCACCUGUGGAUGGUCGUUCUUCCGAUACAGAGCUUCCAGGCGAUGGCCCGACUGGAUGUCCUGAACAAUAUCACUCGCCAGUUCUUGUGUGCUUCCAUAAAUGGGCCAAGAUAAUUCUAUCCUUAUAUAUCGACAAGGCUUUCUGCGUUGCCUAUCAACCUUUUCUCAAGAAUGCUCGCAGCCGUAUUUGGCCAGCGGCACGACAAAGUGCACUCCGUCAUUGUCAUGGAUUCAUGCAGAAAUUCAUCCAACUUGCAACGGAUCCUGACUUUCAACCUUUUCACUGGAGCUGGCCUGGAAACCAUCAGCCAAUGCAUGCUACUAUGAUCAUGCUAAUCGAUCUGUAUGAACGACCUUACAGCUCCGAGGCACCUAGGUCGCGCGCAUUCAUUGACAGAAUCCUUGCCCUCUCCGGUCCCGAUGGAGGUGUCGUGGGCGGCGAAGAUGGCGUUUCAACACAGCGACCAUUGAAGGAUGGUGGUCGUGAAGCCUGGGACAUGAUCCGCCGCCUUCGUCAAAAAGCUUGGCAAAAGGCUGGUCUCAAUCCUCGAAUGCUCUGGACCGAAAAAGAUCAAAUCUAUGCCGGUGUUGCCUCUCCAGCGGACCCUCGUUCCGAUGGUGGUGGCUCUUCUUACUCGGACUCUCCAGUUGGGUCAGCAGCCGGCUACGCUGCACAUAACCAUCAUCCCCAAGACUUCAACAAAAGAUUCUACAACAUCACCCGCUCUCAUACUUUUCCCAAUCCUACCACUCCGCCUUCUACCGAGAGUCCUCUUCGAUACCAAUAUCAACCCCAAGAUAAACUCCUACCUUCAACACUCUCAGAAUCCCGAAUCAUUCCCGACCCUGCAACUGGGCCCAUGCCUAAUGUCAAUCCGGACUCAUCUUCACCCAACCUGAGUCCCUUUGGUGAACCCAUUCCAGCGCAACUCUCUACCUCCGAUCCCAUACAGCCAACACAACCACCAAUCCCUAACGUCGAUGCCUCGGCCAACAUCCCCUUCAUAGACCCCUCAGCGCCCAAUCCCUUGACCAUGGGUGUUACAACACCUCCAAGCAUGGUCGACCCCAAUAUCAACUUCGAUUGGGACCAAUGGGAUGCUGUAUUUGGACAGCACCUCCCUGUUGCAGAUGAUCUAAUGGAACUAGAUCCUGUAUCUGGUCUUGACUUUUCGAAUCUUGGAAACGCCCCAAACAAUGCUGGCAAUUAUCCUCUUGGAGGAAACAUGGCUGGUGUAUUUCCCGAUAAUCUCCCUAGACCAUCCCCAAGUGAGAUGAAUUUUGGAAACGGCACGGGGAAUUGGCCCGGGUACUAUUGA